ACUGGUGAACCUGGUUCCUGAAUUCUUGAGCUUCCACUAAAGACACUGAAGUGGGCGAGAUUUUCUACGAGACAAAUUGGUAAUGGUAUCUUUACAAGAACAGUUCGAUUGACUUCCACGACAAACACUUCGGCCUGAGGGAGACAUGGGUCCACCGACAAGAGCAGCGAAGAUGCUCCUACUCAUGAUGACAUUUCUUGGAUUGAUACAGAGAGGCCGAGGGAUUGUGCCGGCAAGUGAUAUGUAUAGUUUUCAAAUGGGACCCCGUAGUGGUACUGAAGAUGGUGGACCUAUUGAAAUCGUUGUGACGAGGACUGGAAUGCACGUUGAUGCCAAUUCUACAGUGGCUGUUGCCAGCUCCGAUGGAACGGCGACAGCCGGUGCAGAUUAUCUUGUGGUGAUGGAAACGUUAGAAUUCCAGCUGACGAGGAACCAAGUUAGUGUUACCGUGACAAUCAUUGACGAUGGUGCCGCAGAGGACACCGAGUGUUUCACACUGACACUGUCAAAUCCCGAUCCCACUGGCACUCUUGGGUCAGCAACUGAAAUUUGCAUCGUCGAUAAUGAGGAUCCUUGUACGUGUCCUGAUGGCUGCCCGGCCGUGCCAUGUUCAAAUGGGGGUACAUGUAUGGAUGCUGGUCAUGGAAUGAAUAACUGUACUUGCCCUUCGGGGUGGAAAGGCGCCACCUGUGACGAGGAAGCCGCAACUUACAAUUUUGAGCAGGCAUCCUACUCUACAAAUGAAGGAGAUGGCCCUAUCGAUAUCACCAUUAUACGCACUGGAGCUUCGGCUUUGGAAAGUACUCUUGUUGACGUUGUUACCUCCGAUGGGACUGCUGUUGCAGGAAUGGAUUAUUCAUCUCAGACUGCCACUCUAAACUUCACAGAUACAAAUAUCACAGUAUUCACGGUCACAAUAAUUGAUGAUGACAGCGCGCAGGACACGCAUUGUUUCACCUUGUCUUUGAUGAAUCCAGAUCCAAGCGAUGGACAAGUUGGUGCUGAUACAGAAAUCUGCAUCAUUGAUGAUGAAGAUCCAUGUGCUUGCACUGGUAAUUGUCCACUCGUACCAUGUUCAAAUGGAGGUAUGUGUAUGGAUGCUGGUCGUGGAAUGUACAACUGUACUUGUGCGUUUGGAUGGAAAGGAUCUACCUGUGCCGAUGAAGCCACGGUAUACAAUUUUGAGCAGGCAUCCUACUCUACAAAUGAAGGAGAUGGCCCUAUUGAUAUCACCAUUAUACGCACUGGAGCUUCGGCUUUGGAAAGUACUCUUGUUGACGUUGUUACCUCCGAUGGGACUGCUGUUGCAGGAAUGGAUUAUUCAUCUCAGACUGCCACUCUAAACUUCACAGAUACAAAUAUCACAGUAUUCACGGUCACAAUAAUUGAUGAUGACAGCGCGCAGGACACGCAUUGUUUCACCUUGUCUUUGAUGAAUCCAGAUCCAAGCGAUGGACAAGUUGGUGCUGAUACAGAAAUCUGCAUCAUUGAUGAUGAAGAUCCAUGUGCUUGCACUGGUAAUUGUCCACUCGUACCAUGUUCAAAUGGAGGUAUGUGUAUGGAUGCUGGUCGUGGAAUGUACAACUGUACUUGUGCGUUUGGAUGGAAAGGAUCUACCUGUGCCGAUGAAGCCACGGUAUACAAUUUUGAGCAGGCAUCCUACUCUACAAAUGAAGGAGAUGGCCCUAUUGAUAUCACCAUUAUACGUACUGGAGCUUCGGCUUUGGAAAGUACUCUUGUUGACGUUGUUACCUCCGAUGGGACUGCUGUUGCAGGAAUGGAUUAUUCAUCUCAGACUGCCACUCUAAACUUCACAGAUACAAAUAUCACAGUAUUCACGGUCACAAUAAUUGAUGAUGACAGCGCGCAGGACACGCAUUGUUUCACCUUGUCUUUGAUGAAUCCAGAUCCAAGCGAUGGACAAGUUGGUGCUGAUACAGAAAUCUGCAUCAUUGAUGAUGAAGAUCCAUGUGCUUGCACUGGUAAUUGUCCACUCGUACCAUGUUCAAAUGGAGGUAUGUGUAUGGAUGCUGGUCGUGGAAUGUACAACUGUACUUGUGCGUUUGGAUGGAAAGGAUCUACCUGUGCCGAUGAAGCCACGGUAUACAAUUUUGAGCAGGCAUCCUACUCUACAAAUGAAGGAGAUGGCCCUAUUGAUAUCACCAUUAUACGUACUGGAGCUUCGGCUUUGGAAAGUACUCUUGUUGACGUUGUUACCUCCGAUGGGACUGCUGUUGCAGGAAUGGAUUAUUCAUCUCAGACUGCCACUCUAAACUUCACAGAUACAAAUAUCACAGUAUUCACGGUCACAAUAAUUGAUGAUGACAGCGCGCAGGACACGCAUUGUUUCACCUUGUCUUUGAUGAAUCCAGAUCCAAGCGAUGGACAAGUUGGUGCUGAUACAGAAAUCUGCAUCAUUGAUGAUGAAGAUCCAUGUGCUUGCACUGGUAAUUGUCCACUCGUACCAUGUUCAAAUGGAGGUAUGUGUAUGGAUGCUGGUCGUGGAAUGUACAACUGUACUUGUGCGUUUGGAUGGAAAGGAUCUACCUGUGCCGAUGAAGCCACGGUAUACAAUUUUGAGCAGGCAUCCUACUCUACAAAUGAAGGAGAUGGCCCUAUUGAUAUCACCAUUAUACGCACUGGAGCUUCGGCUUUGGAAAGUACUCUUGUUGACGUUGUUACCUCCGAUGGGACUGCUGUUGCAGGAAUGGAUUAUUCAUCUCAGACUGCCACUCUAAACUUCACAGAUACAAAUAUCACAGUAUUCACGGUCACAAUAAUUGAUGAUGACAGCGCGCAGGACACGCAUUGUUUCACCUUGUCUUUGAUGAAUCCAGAUCCAAGCGAUGGACAAGUUGGUGCUGAUACAGAAAUCUGCAUCAUUGAUGAUGAAGAUCCAUGUGCUUGCACUGGUAAUUGUCCACUCGUACCAUGUUCAAAUGGAGGUAUGUGUAUGGAUGCUGGUCGUGGAAUGUACAACUGUACUUGUGCGUUUGGAUGGAAAGGAUCUACCUGUGCCGAUGAAGCCACGGUAUACAAUUUUGAGCAGGCAUCCUACUCUACAAAUGAAGGAGAUGGCCCUAUUGAUAUCACCAUUAUACGCACUGGAGCUUCGGCUUUGGAAAGUACUCUUGUUGACGUUGUUACCUCCGAUGGGACUGCUGUUGCAGGAAUGGAUUAUUCAUCUCAGACUGCCACUCUAAACUUCACAGAUACAAAUAUCACAGUAUUCACGGUCACAAUAAUUGAUGAUGACAACGCGCAGGACACGCAUUGUUUCACCUUGUCUUUGAUGAAUCCAGAUCCAAGCGAUGGACAAGUUGGUGCUGAUACAGAAAUCUGCAUCAUUGAUGAUGAAGAUGUAGUCAAGCCUGUCUUUGACCCAUGCCCUCCUGUACUCCAAGCAAGCUACCCAACUGACUUGAACCUCCCAACAGCCGUCGUCAGUUGGACUCCACCAAAUGUAACCGAUAACAGUGGAGGAACUGUCACGGUCGAUGCCAGUCACAUGCCAGGGGAGGCAUUCGACAUUGGAGUAACAAGAAUCAUGAUGAAUGCAACUGAUGAAAGUGGCAACAUGGAAUCAUGCGUGUUCAAUGUCACUGUUGUUGACGACCAGCGACCCAAUGUGACCUGCCCUACUGGCUUCACACUCUACACUGAUCCACAAUUCAAUGUUAGCACUGGUGGCUGGUCUCUGCCUGAUGAUGCAUUUGAUAAUUCAGGUGUCUUCACUGUGACAUCGUCACUGGAUCCUACAGAACCACUGGCUGUUUCUAAUCACCAUGUCUCCUACACUGUUGUGGAUGCAGCCGGCAAUGACAUUAAUUGUGAUUUCUACAUUACUGUGCUUGAUGUAGUCAAGCCUGUCUUUGACCCAUGCCCUCCUGUACUCCAAGCAAGCUACCCAACUGACUUGAACCUCCCAACAGCCGUCGUCAGUUGGACUCCACCAAAUGUAGCUGAUAACAGUGGAGGAACUGUCACGGUCGAUGCCAGUCAUAUGCCAGGGGAGGCAUUCGACAUUGGAGUAACAAGAAUCACGAUGAAUGCAACUGAUGAAAGUGGCAACAUGGAAUCAUGCGUGUUCAAUGUCACUGUUGUUGACAACCAGGAUCCCUACUUUGAGCCAUGCCCAGCUUCGUUCACAGUUCAAACUGACCCACAGCAGAACACCGCUAAUGUGUCAUGGCCGCCUGUCAUUCCGAUGGACUACGUUGCAGUUCAGGAGUAUAACUCCAACUACCAGCCUGGGCACUUAUUCCCAAUUGGUGACACAGACGUUGAGUACAACGUGACCGACACGUCAGGGAAUAAAGGUUCCUGCUUUUUUGUGGUGACAGUUGAAGACAUGGAGUCUCCUACUAUUACUUGUCCCAGUGCAGCCAUUGUUACUGACACAGACCCUCAACGGAGUGUCGCUAAUGUGACAUUUGUCACGACUGCUGCUGACAAUAGUGGGGAGUGGACGGUGUCAUGCACCCCAGCCUCGGCAACCAACUUCCAAGUUGGAGUGCAGAAUGUCAUGUGUAUCGCCACUGAUCCCUCGGACAACACCGAAACCUGCUCAUUUGCAGUCUUGGUAUCAGACAAUGAAGAUCCGGUCUUCGAUACCUGUCCAUCUGAUAUCACACUCAAUGAACCACUGGAGAGUUUCGUCAACUUCACUAUCAUGGUCAACUGGACACGACCCGGGGUGACCGACAACGUUGGCGUGGUUCGAUUGGAUGAAACUCAUGAACCAGGCAGUGUCUUUGGCAUUGGCAGUCACCUGGUUACGUACACAGCCUACGAUGCUGCUGAUAAUAUGGCUACUUGUCAGUUCAACGUCAUUGUGAAUGACGUGCAGCCGCCAGUUAUUACCGGCUGUCCCGUGAACCUUCCUAGGUUCCCAACGGACCCCACUCGGGAUACAGCCAGAGCAUUCUGGGAUGAACCUCAAGCUUCAGACAACUCGGGCAGCGUAACUCGGACCUCUAACUAUGACGUUGGUGAUGCGUUCCCUGUCGGAGAUACCGUGGUGGUGUACACGGCAGAGGAUGGCAGUGGUAACACCGUCAACUGCAGCUUUGUUGUCCAGGUCUAUGAUAAUGAGCCUCCUGCAUUUACUGGCUGCCCCUUCCAAGGAGUCACCAGUGACACAGGUCUGCAGAGCGAUCGUGGAGUAGCUUCGUGGUCAGAACCACAAGGCACAGAUAACGUGGCGGUAGCCAAUGUACAGUCAGACUACCGGCCAGGAGAUAGCUUCCCAUUGGGUGCAACUGUCGUCACAUACACUGUGACUGAUACCGCAGGAUUGGUCGCCGAAUGUGCAUUUACGAUUACCAUUUCGGAUGGUGAGAAUCCCAGCUUGACCAACUGCCCAGCGAGUUUCACUCUAACAGUGGAGUUAGCCACAGACACAGCCGUUGCAGAUUGGACCCCGCCGACUGCCUCGGACAACUCCGGCACAGUGACCCUGUCUACGACCUUUGAACCCGGCCAGUCACUUUUGCCUGGUGAAUACAGCGUGACGUACACCGCAACCGAUCCGGCAGGCCGGACAGCAACAUGUCCUGUCUUCACUAUCACUGUGGAACCAAAUCACAAUGAAUGUUCUCUGCCAGAAGUCAUGGGGGAAUGUUCAUCUCGAGGAUUGACUUGUGUCAAUCAGCUGGAAGGUUACACAUGCGACUGUCCCACCGGCUUUUUCAAGGCUGGAAACUCAGAUACCUGCCUGCAAGGAAGAAUGUUUCGUUUUACUUUCGUCAUUGUGGAGAUCAGCAACAGCCCAGCUGUAUUCACUAACGACCUCACUGAUCCCACCUCAGUUGCGUUUCUUUCACAUCAGAGACGCCUUGAGAACUUGUUCAGUAUUGCCUUCGGCAAUCUAUCCGAGUUCGGCCGCAUCAUUGUCUUGUACUUCUUCAGUGGUAGCAUAGGUGUGGAAGCAUUGAUUUCAGUCAACGGGAACUCCACGGCCAACCAAACGGACGUGGAGAAUUCCAUUGAUGCCGCCAUCUCAGCAGAUGAUUUAUUCUUAAAUUCAGAAUAUAAGGUCACCCCCAGCGCCACUACCUUUUUGGAAGAAGUUUGCCUGGAUGGGUUCUGUGACAAUGGAGGAACAUGCCAACCCAAUGCUUCCAGCUACCUCAGCUCCUGCGUGUGUCCUGCAGGUUUCAGUGGAGACAGAUGUGAGACAGUGAACGAUACCAGCCUCUCAUCUGCAGCUAUUGUGGCCAUUAUCGCGAGUAUCCUGGGUCUUCUCUUUAUCGUUAUUCCUACCGGUAUGCUCGUGUUUCUGACGAUGACGAAAAGAGCAAGGCUGGCUUGGUGGAAUAGGCAACAGAGCGCCACCACGCGCCCAUCUGAGCGGCGCAAGGCAAUGUACGAGUCCCCACACCCUAGGAUAUACCUGAACAAAGGCUUCAGACCGUCCUUGUCGGAAUUUACCAUCCCUUACAUGGCACGGUCCGGGGAGGCGGACAUUCCGCUUCGCCAGAUGAUGUCAAGAGACGAAAGCCUUUAUUACUAAGCUAACAAUUUUUAUUGGCGUGAACUGAGGAAAAAAUCCCAACUUUCUCAAAUAUAAGUACAGUAUACAUUGUUUGGGUUGUUAUUCACUCGAACUCAGGACAUUUCCAAUGGCAAUGGUAACCUCAUUUUUGACCUCCACUCUCAUUAAUGAGUUCAAACUUUGACCAAGCUGCAUUUGGUUCAAACCUUUGAUGUAGAAGCACAAAGCAUUGUCCUCGAGCGUGUAGAAAUUCACGACUGCGUGUGUAGGUUGGGGCAGGGUAUAUAUAAUUUUUUUUUAUUGUUAUGAGAUAUUUAUGUAUUGUUGUGACAAUUUCGUGGGAGAUUUUUUGAAUACAUGUUAAUUUUGUUUUAUUGUAUCUUGAAUAUAUAUUUGUAUAAUGGUAUAAAGCUGCAACGCGGCCAGUGCAACUAAUUAUUCCUGCUUUGCUCUUGACAGUAAUGUAUCAACAUGCUUUGCCGCCUCGCGAACCACAAAAGAUUUAGAAGAGAACAAGGUCGCUGGGUCCGAAACACUUGGCCUACGGUCGGAUAUAUUAACACACGAGUCUACGGGGAGUGGCUGCAGCCGCUAGCCAGUGGCUUUCAUAGGUGCGCGUGUUAUUCCCGGCCGUAGGCAAGUGAUUCGCAUACGGCCUUAGAAAUCACCAACGCACUUACUAGCUAGCAAUUUUUAUAUACAGCCUGUCUAAAAAAAAAAUGGUACAAUCGAAA